CGAGAAUUCUCGUUUCAAUAGACGACGGUUGGGUUUCAAGUUGGAACUGUCGUAUUGUUUUGAUGCUCUAAGCCUGUCAGAGAAUUCUUCCUGUUGUGUGCCUAUUUGUCUCGCAUUCAUCAUGUCUACGGCAGUAGCACCCACUAUGUCGCUUCAAGCAGAUGAAGACUUGGAUGAUUACAAUGCUCAAGUAAAAUUGCUGAAAAUGUUGGAGGGUAAUGGCAUCAAUGCUGGGGACAUAAAAAAAUUGGAGGAGGCAGGUUUUCAUACUGUUGAAUCCGUUGCAUACACUCCAAAAAAGGCUCUGCUUCUUAUCAAAGGAAUCAGUGAUGCAAAGGCGGAUAAGAUCCUGCAAGAAGCUUCGAAGCUUGUAGUGAUGGGCUUCAAAACGGCUACGGAAAUUCAUCAGACUCGAGCCAACAUCGUCUAUAUCACAACGGGUUCGCAGGAAUUAGACAGACUUCUUGGAGGUGGAAUAGAAACCGGCUCUAUCACCGAGAUUUUCGGAGAAUUUCGUACAGGAAAAUCUCAAAUCUGCCAUACCCUUGCUGUUAAUUGUCAGUUACCAAUUGACAUGGGAGGGGCCGAGGGUAAAUGUCUCUAUAUUGACACGGAAGGAACUUUCCGGCCUGAAAGAUUGAUAGCAGCAGCUGAAAGAUAUAAGAUCAGUGGAGAUUCAGUGCUUGACAAUGUGGCGUGUGCGCGAGCAUUUAAUACGGAUCACCAAACUAAGUUGCUCAUAGACGCCACUGCGAUGAUGACGGAAUCGAGAUACGCGUUAUUGAUCGUGGAUAGUGCUACAGCUCUUUAUAGAACAGAUUACUCUGGCAGAGGAGAGUUAUCCGCUAGACAAAUGCAUCUCGCGCGGUUCCUCAGGAUGUUACUGAGAAUAGCAGAUGAGUUCGGAGUCGCAGUUGUCAUCACCAAUCAGGUUGUUGCUCAGGUAGAUGGAGCUGCUAGUAUGUUUGGCGGUGACCAGAAAAAACCCAUUGGUGGCAAUAUCAUUGCUCAUGCUAGCACCACUAGAUUGUACUUGCGUAAGGGUAGGGGUGAGACCAGAAUUUGCAAAAUAUAUGACUCGCCCUGCUUACCCGAAAGUGAAGCGACAUUCGCAAUCAAUGCCGAUGGCAUUGGUGAUGCGAAGGAAUAAUUUUUUAUGAUGGGCCAAUAAUAAUAUUUGAUUUUAUUCAUUAUAGUCCUUUUUCAUUAACAGUAUAGUAUUUAUUAAAGAUUAUAUAAGAUUCUAUAAUAGAUUGCAGAAGCUAAACAGGGUUUGAAACGAAUUGAAAGAAUAUUUUGAUAAGGUUGUUGCAGUUACGCUUUUUUGUUUUUUUCAAAUGACAGAAAUCCUCAAAGAUACAGAUCCUUAAAGAUAAAUCAUAUAAUAAGAUAAUUUCAUAUGACUUAAAAAUUUAUUGAAACGAUUUGUUUGGUUCGUUUCAAGCUCUAGUAAACAGACAAUAAAUAAUUGGGUGGGCCGUCCCAUAAAUCAUUUUGUUUCCAAGCCCAAAGGCUUUAUGUAUAUUUUUGUGAAAGUCUUAAUAUCUGUACAACAAUAUAAAUGAAAGCUUUAAUUACUUUUGUAUGUUAAUUUCAUUUUCCAUAUGUGUAGAAAGUUAUGAGUGAGAAAAAAAUGUAACCUAUCUGAACAAAAUUGUGAUGAAACCGUCGAGUUGUUUUUUUUUACUAAUGCUUAGAAAUAUUUAACUUUUAACGCUGACAUACAAAGCACCAGUCGAUAGGUGCAAAUAAGACAUUGUCAUCAUGUGGAGAAUACAAAUUCUUAAUAUAAAAAAAUCUUACUACUUCAAUCUGAGUCACGCCCAUUCUUUGUAUGCUAAAAAUGAUGGCUCAGUGUUAUUUGCACCCAUUCGAGUGACGCUUCUGUAUGUUAUAUAGUCAUUUAUAUCUUAUAAUUUUAGAACAAUAAAAUUGAUUAAUUUUCUAGUUUCGAA